CUAGGUAAUCCUUCAUCUACGCGCCUCAUGACUCAAUCCAGUCGUAAAAGCCUGCGCGUGGUGGAUCAGUUCUGCGUUUUGGCCCCAUCAACGAGGUUCUGAAUGACUGCCUCCACACAUGUCGGCGGCACUUGUGCCGUUCUCACUUGUGAAAAGAUCAUUUUGCUUAGUUCCAGACAUUACUGUGAUGAGCACUCAGCAUUAGAGCCCACUGCGGCCAGCAGAGAUCCCUCUGCUACGAAUAUGGCCAAGGGCUUCCAACCUUCUAAUAGGAGUUUUGUUGCUAAAAGAGGUCGAGGCAAAUUCAUGUUUACACCUUCGCGGCACUUUUCUAGGCAAGAUCCACCAUCUCAAGAUGCCUCUAGUCCGGAUACCAGCGCUCCCGUGACACAGUCUCCGAAAGCAAAUGAGCAAGAGGCCCCUCCUUCGUCUUUGGUACGAGACAAUUCCAUUGAUACAAAUGACAUAAGCCUCCAUCUGCGGCUAGAGAGGAACGGAACCAGCCACGUUGGAUCAACACCCAACUCCGCGCAGAUCAAGGCAGCCCAAGAUGUAGCGAAAGCUGACAAGGGCUCUUCUGCUAGCCAGGUAAAUUCACAUACUGUGUCGAACCCGAAGACGCGAUUGGAAAUGGAGUUGCAAGCCGAGACAGAGGAGGUGAUAAACCAGCCACUUGGCCUCGAUUCUGCCACCAAAAAACUGAGUUCUUGUUCAAAUAUUGGAUCGGAAACGCUUCCCACAGAGGAUCUCAAGAUGGAUGCGCAUCAAAAUGGGCAAUCUGUCCAUGCAACUGACGGCCAACACUUGGCUGGGACGGCGCAAGCGGCUUCUGAGGGGGCUCCUUCAAACGAAGGGUUUAAGAAGACCGAGCCUUCCCUAGGCCUUGACUCUCAACCGCGCGUUCCUUCCACCGCUCCUGUGAAUCGUAUGCAGUUUACCUCUGAAGAUGGUGUCAAAUUUAAGUCUUCCCCUCGGACAUCCAAGCCAAAGAAGGACAAUACACAGAAACAUUUGGAGCAUCAUUAUCCAGAAACACGAACGAGUUCGAAGGCGAAGCUCUUAUCAACUCCCACUAAGCGCUCGGCUCCCCUGACAAGUAAAGGGCUCCCAGUUAGGAAACAGCAGUUUCAAGGUUCCCUGCCUGAAGUAAGCGCCGAAAUCGAUGAUGAGGUGAAUAUGGCCGAUGUUAGUGACAUUGACGGGGAAGCAAAGCCGGCCAAAUCCGUCCCGCUCUCCUUCCGUGCCAAAGCAGAAGCUCGCAAAAAGAGGCUUUUGGUCGAGUUCGAUUCCGAGGCAUUCGAUUCGCUCAUUUAUCGACAGUCAAGUCUGCAACCACCCCCUUAUGUUACUGUAUCUUCACGUAUUGUCAAGUACAACCCAGUUUUCGGCGACCAAAAGCCACUCUAUCUCCCAGUGAAUCCAGCAAUCCAUCACAUGCACAAGCGAUCCCGUUCUUGGUAUAGAAAGAAAUGCGACGAAAUCAGACGGCGUCCAAAACGCAAGGAAUGGUUUGGCAAGGUCGUGGAGAGACAACGCUGGUUGCAGGCUCUAGAGAUGAAGCAGCAGGAGAAAAUCAAACAAGCACAGCAGGAUGGGACUACUCCCCCUUACAGACCACCAAAGCCGCGGGGUGUCAAGCGUAUUCUUGACUUUGGUGACCUGCCCGAGGAGGAACUGCCUGAAUAUGUGCGGAGUAAUCCCGCUUGGUUGAAAGCCUGCGCUUGGUUCAGAGAAUGCGAGGAUAAAGCGACUGCACGCCAGCGACAUGUCAACAACAAGACGAAAGAGACAGAGAGUUACUUUCAGAGCUUGAACGCUUGAUGAAUUCACACGAUAUAUGAUGACGGGGCAUUGCAAAGGAGUCAAGGAGGCUGUCUUAUUGGGUUUUGACUAGGCGCAUCUUAGGCAAACAGCCAUCUUCAUUCUUGUCAUUGAGGGGCAAAGGUUUCCAACAAUCUAAAUGUAAAUAUGCCACAGGGAGUCAAGGAAUUCGAAUUCGGAGUCACACGGUUAGAAAGUUUCCACUUCUCUAAGAAGCAAUACAGGU